AUGAAAUACUACGAUAUACUCUUCUCUUUCAAAUGGAGCUUCCAACAAAGCCACACAAAUCCUCUGAUUUCGCCUACUCCACCAUCCUCUCCGCCACUCGAGAAUGGCCUCUCGUUACACAACUUCAAGAUCCUAAAAGAAAUCGGCGCCGGUAUCGGCAAAGUUUACCUCUGCAAACUAAAUAAUAACUCGGGUGCAUCUUGUUACUGUGCCAUGAAAGUUGUGGACAAAAAGAUGCUCGCGGUGAAGGGCAAGGUUAACCGAGCGGAAAUGGAGGAAAAAAUCAUGAAAAUGCUCGAUCACCCGUUUCUUUCGAGUCUCUACGCGGAGUUUGAAGACCAACAUUUCUCCUAUAUUGUGAUGGAAUAUUGCUCGGGUGGCGAUCUUAACUAUCUUCGUCAUCAACAUCCUCGAAAACAGUUUUCGCUCAACUCCGCAAGAUUUUACGCCGGGGAAGUUCUACUAGCAUUAGAGUAUCUUCAUAUGUUGGGCAUAAUCUACAGAGAUUUGAAACCCAAAAACGUGCUCGUCAAGUCAGAUGGUCACAUCAUGCUAACUGACUUUGAUCUUUCGCUUUGCUCCGACGCAAUCCCAGUCGUUGAAUCAUCACUUGAAUCACCCAUGCUCGCGGUGAAGGGCAAGGUUAACCGAGCGGAAAUGGAGGAAAAAAUCAUGAAAAUGCUCGAUCACCCGUUUCUUUCGAGUCUCUACGCGGAGUUUGAAGACCAACAUUUCUCCUAUAUUGUGAUGGAAUAUUGCUCGGGUGGCGAUCUUAACUAUCUUCGUCAUCAACAUCCUCGAAAACAGUUUUCGCUCAACUCCGCAAGAUUUUACGCCGGGGAAGUUCUACUAGCAUUAGAGUAUCUUCAUAUGUUGGGCAUAAUCUACAGAGAUUUGAAACCCAAAAACGUGCUCGUCAAGUCAGAUGGUCACAUCAUGCUAACUGACUUUGAUCUUUCGCUUUGCUCCGACGCAAUCCCAGUCGUUGAAUCAUCACUUGAAUCACCCAUGCUCGCGGUGAAGGGCAAGGUUAACCGAGCGGAAAUGGAGGAAAAAAUCAUGAAAAUGCUCGAUCACCCGUUUCUUUCGAGUCUCUACGCGGAGUUUGAAGACCAACAUUUCUCCUAUAUUGUGAUGGAAUAUUGCUCGGGUGGCGAUCUUAACUAUCUUCGUCAUCAACAUCCUCGAAAACAAGUUUUCGCUCAACUCCGCAAGAUUUUACGCCGGGGAAGUUCUACUAGCAUUAGAGUAUCUUCAUAUGUUGGGCAUAAUCUACAGAGAUUUGAAACCCAAAAACGUGCUCGUCAAGUCAGAUGGUCACAUCAUGCUAACUGA